CGCAGUGGGUGGAGGGGGGAGUCGCUCUGCGGGGCCCGGAUGUGGACGUGGCACCUCGCCGGAGCAGUUCCGCUGGAUGUCCGCUUCUGAUACCGAGAAGGGAUUAGCGAGAACAUCUCGGGACGACAUCGUCUCCAGUUUGUCCCCCACCGGGUACCACCGUUUGCCCCGAGCAGAGAAUAGCCGUUCACAAGACAUCGCAGAUUUAGGGAUGAUCUGAGGAUGAAUGUAAACCAGCACACUCCAAUGCCCUCUCCGUACGGCCAGCCCCAGCCUGGCUACGGCCAACCCGGCUACGCGCCCCUGGACGGGGGAUACCCAGCGCCCUGCGCCCCCUACAACGGCCCCGCCUCGGCCUACCAGCCCGGGGCUCCUCCGCAAGGUUAUUCUCCUUUCACAAGCGUUCCCUCUAAGGCUGUGGCUGCCAGCCCAGUCUCUGACCUCUCCUCUCCUCUCGACCUAGGUCGCACCCGGGGUCCUCCUGCCUCCGGAGCCCCUUCAGUCUCCGCACCCCAAGUAUACAAUCAGUACAGCCACAGUCAAGGGGACAUGCAGAAUGGACCCCUGCCUAUGACACAGGCCCCACCCAGGCCUGCUGCGUCUCAGCUGUACAACCAGGGAGCUGUGAACUUGUCGGGGCCACAAGCCUCCUAUCCCCAGCACUAUGGGGCCCAACCCUCAAUGCAGCAUGUCACUAACCAGAUGACCGGCAUGCAGAUCACCCCUGGACCGCCAACACCUGCGGGACCAGGAUAUGCACCACCGCACAGCUCCCAGCCUCCCAUGAACACCACCUACUCGGGGGCACCUCCACACGCUUACACUGAAGCCCCUCCCCCGGCGUCCUCGGCCCCAACCCAGCCACCGCCCCCGAGGGGCCCUGCAGCUCCUCAGCAAUACUACAGAGGCCCGCCGGCUCCUUCACAACAGCCGUUCAACUCUUCUCUCCCCCCUACCUCCCAACAGCAGUACUCCUCUCCUGCGCCGCCACCCCCUUCCUCCCAGCCAACCUUUCCUCCCUCCUCCUACUCGGGUCCUGCGCCGUCGCUGGGCCAAGCUCCUGCUCCCCUGGUGUCCCAGUCACAGCAGUCUUUCGCUCCAUCCCAGCCCCCCUUCUCCUCAGCACCUCCACCUGCCAGCCAUCCAGCUUUUGUCUCCGGCCCGCCUCCCGCCGCCCAGGGCUCCUUCCCACCUCGAGAAACUCCUCCCGCCUCUCAGCCGGGCUCUUUUCCGUCUCAUCAGCCAAUCUCGAUGCCCUCCGGGCCGUACCCGGGCCGCAUGCCACCCCAACAGCAGCACCCUCCAUCCCAGCCAUCUCCCUACCACUCGGGUCCCCCGCCUCCAAGAGCUCAGAUGCCUCCCACUUCCGUGGACCAGAGCAACCACCUGCCGCCUGGGCCUCCUGGGCCCAUGCAGCAGCCUGCACCUCAGUCAGGCAUGCAGGGAGGAUACCCCGCUCAGCAGAAUGGUGCGUUCGGGCAGGUGAGAGGCCCUCAGCCCGGCUACGCAGGUCCAUAUCCCAGUCAACAGAACUUCGGGGCCCCUGCACCAGCGCCUCCUCCUGCUCCCCCUGCGCAGAAAAGACUCGACCCGGAUUCCAUUCCGAGCCCGCAAGCGUCUGACAUGCCGGCUGUGCAGAAAUCAAGACAUAGAAUAGAUCCAGACGCUAUCCCCAGCCCAAUCCAGGUAAUAGAGGAUGACAAGGCCAAGAGCACCGAGCCGUUCAGCACAGGAGUCCGAGGUCAGGCCCCACCGCUCGUUACCACCAGCUUCCAGGUCAAAGACCAAGGGAAUGCCAGUCCCAGGUUCGUGCGCUGCACGGCUUACAACAUGCCUUGCACGGCCGACAUGGCCAAGCAGUCUCAGGUGCCCCUGGCCGCCGUCAUCAAGCCCCUCGCCACCCUGCCGCCAGACGAGACGCCUCCAUACCUGGUGGACCAUGGAGAGGGCGGUCCGAUCCGCUGCAACCGCUGCAAGGCCUACAUGUGUCCAUACAUGCAGUUCAUUGAGGGUGGUCGACGCUUCCAGUGUGGCUUUUGCAGCUGCGUCACAGAGGUGCCUCCACAUUAUUUCCAGCAUCUGGACCACACUGGUAAGCGGGUGGACUGCUAUGACAGGCCCGAGCUCUCGCUGGGCAGCUACGAGUUCCUGGCUACUGUCGACUACUGUAAGAACAACAAGAUUCCUCAGCCUCCAGCCUUCAUCUUCCUUAUUGAUGUGUCCUACAACGCUGUGAAGAGUGGCAUGGUCAACAUUGUCUGCCAGGAACUCAAGAGCCUCCUAGACUACUUGCCCAGGGAGAACCCAGAGAUGGACUCUGUGGUGCGGGUGGGCUUCGUCACCUACAACAAGGUUUUGCACUUCUAUAACGUCAAGGCGAGCCUGGCCCAGCCCCAGAUGCUGGUGGUGUCCGAUGUGUCAGACAUGUUCGUACCUCUGCUCGACGGCUUCCUGGUCAACGUAAAUGAGAGCCGGCUAGUUAUCGAGAGUUUACUGGAUCAGAUCCCAGAGAUGUUUGCAGAAACCAGGGAGACGGAGACUGUGUUUGCACCGGUCAUCCAGGCAGGACUGGAGGCACUCAAGGCCGCAGACUGCUCAGGGAAGCUGUUUGUGUUUCACACAUCUCUGCCCAUUGCGGAGGCUCCUGGAAAACUAAAGAACCGAGAAGACAAGAAGCUGAUUGGGACUGAUAAGGAGAAGUCUCUGUUUCAGCCCCAGGUGGCUUUCUACAACACCCUGGCUAAGGAGUGUGUAGCACAGGGCUGCUGUGUGGAUCUCUUCCUCUUCCCCAACCAGUAUGUGGAUGUUACCACGUUAGGGGUGGUCCCUGUCUCCACUGGAGGGUCCGUCUACAAAUAUACCUACUUCCAGGCUCAGUCUGACAGGGAGCGGUUCCUCAACGACCUCAGACGGGACGUUCAGAAACUUGUGGGCUUUGAUGCCGUCAUGAGGGUGCGAACCAGCACAGGUAUCCGGGCGACAGACUUCUAUGGCUCCUUCUUCAUGAGUAACACCACAGACGUGGAGCUGGCGGGCCUGGACUGUGACAAGGCCGUCACCGUCGAGUUCAAACACGACGACAAGCUCAGCGAGGAGACUGGGGCCCUCAUGCAGUGCGCCGUGCUGUACACCAGCUGCAGCGGCCAGAGGCGCCUCCGCGUGCACAAUAUGGCAGUCAACUGCUGCGCCCAGCUGGCCGACCUCUACCGCAAUUGCGAGACCGAUACAAUCAUCAACUUCUUGUCCAAAUACGCUUUCCGUGGCCUCCUGAACAGCCCCACCAAGGCAGUGAGGGACACUCUGGUCAACCAGUGCGCUCAGAUUCUGGCCUGCUACCGAAAGAACUGUGCAAGCCCCUCAUCAGCUGGUCAGCUGAUCCUCCCAGAGUGCAUGAAGCUGCUACCGGUGUAUUUGAACUGCGUGCUGAAGAGUGAUGUCCUGAUGCCGGGGGCCGACACCUCGCUGGACGACCGGUCUUACCUGAGGCAGUUGAUCAGCUGCAUGGACGUGUCCGAGAGCCACGUGUUCUUCUACCCGCGCCUGCUGCCGCUGACCAAGAUAGAGAGCGGCUCGCUGCCUGUGGCGGUGAGGGACUCUGAGGAGAGGCUGUCUAAAGGCGGGGUAUACAUCCUGGAGACGGGGCUCCACCUCUUUCUGUGGGUGGGAGCCAACGCUCAGCAGGAGUUGCUGCUCAACAUCUUCGGCACACCGAGCUUCAGCCAGAUCGACCCGAGCUUGACAAGUCUGCCAGUGCUGGAUAACCCGUUCUCUCAGAGACUCAGAGAAAUCAUUGAGAUGUUCAGAGCGCAGAGAUCACGAUACAUGAAGCUGAUGGUGGUGAAACAGGAAGACAAAUCCGAGAUGAUAUUCAGGCACUUCCUGGUUGAGGACAAGAGCGCCAGCGGGGGAGCGUCAUACGUGGACUUCUUGUGUCACAUGCACAAGGAGAUCCGCCAGCUUCUCAGCUAGGCCUAUAGAACCCACCUUCACCUGUAUGAUCCUCUCACUCAGUUGACCCUUCCUAGUGAAAGAAAGCGCUUUAUCUUUUUUCUUUUUUACCUAAUAAACGAAAGCUGUCUGUCUGAUCAACCAGUUGGCACAUUGUGUUUGUGUGUGUGUGUGUGUCAGUGAGAGUGAUAUAGAGUCUGAUGUUAUUAGAGCUUUACUCUGCCUCGAAUCAACCGGUCCAUCACAGCACGAAGAAAAGUAACGGGCGAGGAAGGGUAAUGUACAUACCGCAGUGAGCAAUUGUGAAUGCAGCAGACUGCUGUCUGUAUUACAAGCACUGAAAGUCUGUUUUUGAGUGCAUUACCCUCCGAUAGCAAACCAUUUUAAUGAUUGAAUCCCAAUAGAAUGAAAGGAGAUUGACUUAGCAAGACAUAAAUAGGAUUAAAUAUGUUUGUUGUCAUGCCUCUUCUCCCCUUUAAUCAUGGCCUUAGUCCCCCCCCCCUUCCCCAUGCUGCGCCAAUCAUCCAUGAUGUGUGUUAUUGGUUAACUCAAGCAGAUUUGACUCAAAUCUUGUUUUGAGUUUCGGUUAACAAAGCAGACAUCUGGCUCAGGGGGUCGCAGAUGAAGUUGCUGUCGUGAGAUGAAGCUUUCAUUGGUUUAAAGUGUAUGCAGCUGGAAUGAAAGAGGCUUGACACAACACAAAAAGAAAUGACCCGUGUGAACUUCUUCCAUGGUUCGUUGUGGAUGGUUCUGCAUGUUAUGUGCAGUGCUGCAGACUUUGUAUGAAUAAGAAAAUGUAUUAAAGAUGUCUGAUAAAUGGACAUAAGUUAAGGUUUGCAAAUUUUAUUUACUAUUCAGUGUGUAAAUAAAAUAUAUAAUCUGUACAGAAUUUAGAAAAUAACCAUUUUAAAGACCUGCUUGAACAGCUGUGGUUCGUUGAUGGUUCCUCGGGCACAAGUAGCCAAAAUAUAAAAUCUGGGCUUUUACCGAAUAGAAGACACCUUGAACGGCUUUUGAAAUAUGUGUGCGUGUGGAGGUCCUGGUGAAUUUCUGCUGAGGAACAGAGGGAUCAGCCAACACACGCAUACCUACAUACACUACCCGUGAGAUUCAUUUCUCUCUUCAUCACUUGCCCUUAUUUUUCUUUAACAAUGUGACUUGUUUUUCGGGUGGGUGUGUUUAGCCCUCUGUUCCGUCUUUAUGUUCACUGACUUUAAUUGGUCUAUCGUCUCCUGUGUAAUCGCAGUUUUUUUUCAUUGCCUGUUGGGACUGCUAAUAAAAAUGAUUGUUUAAAGUGAAACUCCA